GGGAGGGAGGAAGGACAGGGAGGGGAGGGGCGCAUUCUACCCGGGCUCCUCCGCUCCCCGCACUCCUUCGCUCUCCACCGCCACUAAGGCGCAGGCUGGGCGCAGGCGGUGGCGGGCCGGCAUGGAGAGCCUGUUGGAGAACCCGGUGCGUGCUGUCCUCUAUCUGAAAGAGCUCACGGCCAUCGUGCAGAACCAGCAAAGCCUCAUCCACACCCAGCGCCAGCGCAUAGACGAACUGGAAAAGCGGCUGGACGAGUUGAGCGCUGAGAACCGCAGCCUGUGGGAACAGCAGCAGCUUCUGCAAAACCAUCCUCCCUCUAGCUUAGUCCCCCAGUCGCAAGCCCCGCUCCAGGCUUCCCAGGCUUCUGCUGCGGCCAGUUCCCCCGAGCCUCCCCAGAACCAGGGACAGCUCUCUACCAUCGCCCCACUGCCACCGCUGGCAGUGGCUGCGCCGCCGCCGCAGCAACCGCCGCCGCCGCCGCUGCAGCAGCCAGCUCAGCACCACGGACAGCUCGCAACACAGCCCCAGCCGGGCCCCAGCAGAGCUUUAACACCCCAAACACCCCACCAGCAUACCGCGGUCUCCGGAGCCGCUGCCGAUAAGGAGAAGGAGCGCCCCCCUUGUUGCGCUGCUGCUGGAACCCUCCUCCCCCACAAACCCCCUGCCGCCCUAGGCAAGGGCGUCCUAGGCAGGAGACCUGAGAAUGAGACUGUGCUGCACCAAUUCUGCUGUCCAGCUGCUGAUGCCGAACAGAAGCCUGCAUCUUCAGAUCUGGCCUCCCAAAGUGACGACUCCUACAUCCAUGCCGGGGGUGGCACAGAGGACCCUUCGGCCAGCAGACCCAGCGCCCAGGAGCUGCAGGAGGAGGAGGAGCUGCUAGGGGCAGGGGGGACCUCCGUGCUGGCAACCAAGGCCAGCCUCCACCACACAGCCUCCCCUGGCCGGCAGCAGCAUGCCAAGGUGCUCUGCUCCCAUGCCCCUGCUGCCUCUGAUUACGAGCUGUCCCUUGACUUAAAGAAUAAACAGAUUGAAAUGCUAGAACACAAAUACGGAGGCCAUUUGGUGUCCCGGCGAGCAGCUUGCACCAUUCAGACAGCCUUCCGCCAAUAUCAGCUUAGCAAGAACUUCGAGAAGAUACGCAACUCGCUGCUUGAAAGCCGAUUCCCUCGGCGUAUUUCCCUGCGCAAGGUGCGGGUCCCCAAUCCAGAGACUUUUGCUGCAGAGAAGGCUCUGAUGGAGGGCUAUGGGCUAAUGGGACUGCCCCUCGUCCGCUCUCCAUCCCUGCCAGCUACCAUCACAGGCACGCUCACGGAGCUGGAGGAUUCCUUCACGGAGCAAGUCCAAUCCCUGGCCAAGUCCAUAGAUGAUGCUCUCAGCACCUGGAGCCUGAAGACUAUGUGCUCCCUCCAGGAAGGGGGCUCCUACGAGUUCCAUGAGACCUUCCAUGCUGGAGGGAUGGGGCCCCCAGGUCUGGAGACAGAACUGAAGGAGCAGGAGGAAGCUGGAGAACUGAGCCUGGAGGAGGAGGAAGAGGGCAGUGGGUCAGGGGGUGGGCUGCCCAAAAGCAGGAGCACCCUCAUGAUGGCUUUCCGGGAUGUCACAGUGCAGAUCGCCAGCAAAAACAUCUCUGUCUCGUCCUCCACAGCUGUUUCUGUGGCCAACUGCCUGGGAGGGCAAGAGACCCAGGUUGGAUUAGUCCCAGCAACAGGCAAAGGGGAGGCAGAAGAGGCAGGGGGAGCUGCGACUUUGACCUCCCCUGUCGUGACUUCAUCUGCUUCAACCACUGGGCACACGUGGACCGACGUUGGGGCUGUCGGGGACGUGAAUACUAAUGGGCAGGCGGCUGAGGGGGCGAUGGGUGAGGAAGAAGAGGAGGCAGGAGAGUCAAUCAAAGCGGGUGAGAUGGAGACUGGUGAUAAUUCAGAGCAACUGAGCAGCAGCAGCACCUCCACAAAAUCUGCCAAAUCAAGCUCAGAGGUGUCAGCCUCAAAGGAAGCCCUCCAGGCUAUGAUACUGAGCCUGCCCCGUUACCACUGCGAGAACCCCGCCAGCUGCAAGUCCCCCACGCUCUCUACUGACACCCUUCGAAAGAGGCUCUACCGCAUUGGUCUCAACCUCUUCAACAUAAACCCAGAUAAAGGUAUCCAGUUCCUGAUCUCCCGUGGCUUCAUCCCCGAUACUCCCAUUGGCGUGGCCCAUUUCCUCCUGCAGCGAAAGGGACUUAGUCGACAAAUGAUUGGAGAAUUCCUGGGAAACAGCAAGAAGCAGUUCAACCGGGAUGUACUGGACUGUGUGGUGGAUGAAAUGGACUUUUCCAACAUGGAACUAGACGAGGCCCUGAGGAAAUUCCAGGCCCACAUCCGGGUCCAAGGAGAGGCGCAGAAGGUGGAGCGGCUCAUUGAAGCUUUCAGCCAGCGCUACUGCAUGUGCAAUCCCGAAGUAGUCCAGCAGUUUCACAACCCUGACACCAUCUUCAUCCUUGCCUUUGCCAUCAUCCUACUCAACACGGACAUGUAUAGUCCUAAUAUCAAGCCUGACCGAAAGAUGAUGCUGGAGGAUUUCAUCCGGAACCUAAGAGGUGUGGAUGAUGGAGCCGACAUACCCCGAGAGCUGGUGGUGGGCAUCUAUGAAAGGAUUCAGCAGAAGGAAUUGAAAUCCAAUGAGGACCACGUCACCUAUGUCACCAAGGUGGAGAAGUCCAUUGUGGGCAUGAAAACAGUGCUGUCAGUCCCACACCGACGCCUGGUCUGCUGCAGCCGUCUCUUCGAAGUGACUGAUGUGAACAAGUUACAGAAGCAAGCAGCCCACCAAAGGGAGGUGUUCCUCUUCAAUGACCUGCUGGUGAUCCUCAAGCUUUGCCCAAAGAAGAAGACUUCCUCCACGUAUACUUUCUGCAAGUCAGUGGGCCUGCUAGGGAUGCAGUUCCACCUUUUUGAAAACGAGUAUCAUUCCCAUGGCAUCACACUGGUGACUCCAGUGUCAGGUUCUGAAAAGAAGCAGGUAUUGCAUUUCUGUGCCCUGGGUUCAGAGGAGUUGCAGAAGUUUGUGGAGGACUUGAAAGAAUCCAUCGCUGAGGUCACGGAGCUGGAACAGAUCCGAAUUGAAUGGGAGCUGGAGAAGCAGCAAGGAACCAAGACACUUUCAUUUAAGUCCAGUGGAACUCAACCUGACCCACAAUCAAAGCAAGGAUCUCCUAUAGCCCCCAGAAAGGAAGCCCCUGAGAAAGCGGUGGACAGCACAGUGGAGGUGUCAAUUCACAACAGGCUUCAAACGUAUCAGCACAACUCCAGGCUGGGGCCCGAGAGGGGAGUGCCGCUGCCGCCGCCGCCAUCAUCGCCAGGCCUGCCUCCUAAUUCCCCAAGGGACCUGCUGCCGCCACCGCCGCCCACCCCCCCAGGGACCCUGGUGCAGUGCCAGCAGAUUGUCAAAGUCAUUGUCCUGGACAAGCCGUGCCUGGCCCGCAUGGAGCCUCUCCUGAGCCAGGCACUCACCUGUUACGCCUCCUCCUCUGACUCCUGCAGCUCCACUCCCCUUCGGGGCCCUGCCACCCCUGUCAAGAUCAUCCACCAGCCCCCCUUACCCCCACCGCCUCCCCCUUACAACCAUCCACACCAGUACUGCCCUCCAGGCUCCCUGCUCCAGCAAAGGAGGUAUUCCAGUGGUUCCAGAAGCCUGGUGUAACCACUGCUCUUCCCCUUCCCCUCAUCAGCCACCCACUCUGAAACCUGGCUCUCCCCCACAGCACAAAGUUACUUCCCCCUGUGCUCCUCCACCUCUCCUGGGAGCCCCUCUCCCCCAUGGCUCCCCAUCCCAACAGAUAUGCUUAGUUCCUAAUGACCACAGUAACUUUUUAAAGAAAAAAAAAGAUCAAUGGUACCUCGGUCUCCCAAUCCCACUUCUGCCCUCAAACCUACUGACUCUGCUGAGAAUACCUGGGAAACCCACCUCAGGCGUCACUCUCCCCGGUCUCCUUAUAUCCUAGUCAUGAGUGGAAGGUCCCUUGUUCCUCCACCAGUUUUCUCUUUCUGCUUCCCCAAAUUGCAUUUAUCCCCCAAUUUGGACAUCAGAUUUAUUCCCAACCAGGAAUUCAAAUGGAGAAAAAGUCAGUUCUUCCAUUUCUCACCCUCCCCUUCCCUUUUCCCUCUGCAAAAGGUGAGGGAUGGGUGGGACUGGAGCCAUUGUUCUCUGACUUUAGCUGGGGCUGGCAGGUGGGGGAGGAGACCCUGACAUGGCUCAUGAUUGAAGGCUUCCUUGGUGGGGCACUUAUGGGAGUAAGCAUAACUGUCCUGUUGGGGUGUCCCUCCUCCCCCUAGAGAAUCAGCCCCUAUAGACUUCACAUGAUUAACCAAAAUUAGCUCAUAGGACCACAGAGCUAGACAGGACCUCUUAAGACACAGCUAGUCUACCCCUCUGCCUUCAGGCAAAACUAUACUUAAUAGAUACAAAUUUAUGAGACCCUUCAGAAGACACUUCAUAGCUUUCUUUGGUCAUUACUCUAGACCGGUAAGCUCUUCCAAGCUGUGAUUCCCUUAGAGAAAAAUUGUCCUUUGUAGAAUAAUAGUAAGAGUUCACAUCUCUAUGGCACUCUAUGGUUUACAAAGUGCUUUUCCUCCUAAAAACCUGUCAAUUUAGAAAUGUAAGCUUUGUCCCCAUUUUACAGAUGAAGAACUUGAGGCUCAGAGAGCUUAAUUAAUUGUGUUGCUAUAGGCACAUAGCUAGUGUCAGGACAUACAUCCAGGUCCUUUGAGUCUAAAACCAAUGUGUUUUCUACUAAAUCAUAAAAAACAUCUGUCUCUCACCCCACCUCCAUCUUUGAGACUUAAUAGAAAAGUGACUUAUGGGGUAAGAUGACCCUACCUAUAGCUAGUAGAUGGGAGCCCUCUCCCAUCAGUUUCUUCCAAAAUCCUAGCUCCCAUUGUACUGGGACUGGAUCAGGGCCAAAGCAACAGAGAUUUAGAGUAAGACUGAAUAUCUUCCAUCCAGAUGACAUAGUUCUUUUAUGAACAGCCUAGAUGCCACUGAUUCUGCCUAGUUGCUUCUGGCCCUGAUGUCAUCAUCCCUGUUUCUAUAAUUUUCUGAUUCCUUUGCCCUGAUUUCCUUCCUCUUUUAUCUGACCCUAUCUUUCAUUUCUUAUGAAUCCCAACCUAUCACAGUAUAGAGUUCUGUAAAGAGAAGUUCUUCUUUCCCUCUUCCUACCUCAAUUCAUCGAAAAUUAUUCUUCAGUUUUAAGUAUGGGUUACUCGAUCCACUGAUGAAGCAACAAGACAGGAAUCACUUUUAAAGGAUGGAAAUUUAGAUGUUCACAUUGGGAUGGAGAGGGGACAGGUAUACCCAAGGAACGAUGGGAUCAUGUGAAAGAAUUAUAAAUGGGAAGCAGAACCAGAAGGGUGGAGGGAAGAUGAACUGGGGCAAUGGCUAAUGCAAAAGAGUAAUAAAUAAGGGAUCAAUUAGAAUUAGGACAUAUGAGUAGAGUCAUGAAAAAAAGAUUAUAGGCUAAAAUAUUGGGCCAUAUUGAAUACAAUUUCAUUUCCAUAAAUUCUUAGUUAUAUAUGGGUUAAAAAAUGAACCUUACAAGUACAAGAUGUGGGUUUAGCCAGAUAGCCAUUUAUAUUAAAAACAACAACUAAGGAGGUUCCUGAAUUGCAAUUUUAAUGUGAACCCCUCCCCCCAAAAUGCUAUAGUAAUUUUAGGCUUUGUGAAAAGAAGUUUGGGAUUUUGGGCUGGGGAGAAGAUAGUGUAUAUUGUACUCUCCCCUAGUCACCCAAUAGCAGAAAUACUGUGUUCAAUUAUGGGUGCCAUAUUUAACAAGGAAAUAAGCAGUCUGGAAAUGUCCCAAGGAAGACAACUUGAGUCAAAGGGCCUCAAGAACAUGUUAUAUGAGGAUUAAUUGAAGGAACUGGGAACUUGAAUCCUGGAAAAAAAGAUGAGUGAUACAUGAAAAUAUUGAAAGGUUAUAUGUGACUAAAGAAUUAUAUUUACUCUGUGGAACACCAGAGGACAGAACUAGGAAUAAUAGGUAGAAGUUGCAAAUAGGAAAAUCUGGAACUGUUAGAAAAAACAUAGACUUAUCCAAAAGUGGAAUAAGUUUCUUUGGGAGGAGUUUCGGUUCCUCCUUCAAGAAAAGGAUGAAUGAUCCCUGAUCAGAUAGGAUGUAGAGAAGAUAAAUUUUGUGAUCUGACUGGAAUAUUAGAUUUACAAAUGCACCAGAGAACAGGAAAGUAUCAUGUGGAAUCAUGUUUAAGGGACAGAGGCUGGAAGAUUAAUACAGGUGUUUAUUCUCUCUCCCCUCCAUCUUUGACCAAAUCCUGGAUCCUCUAAUAAUUUAAGGAAUCAAACUGCCCAUCUAUAGUCUUUUCUCCCCCUCCUUAGAUUCAUGACACUGAAGCUCUCCAAUAGUCUAUGAACUUUCUGGCAGUUUUGUAUUUCUAAAGGUCCUUCCUUUCUCCACUCUUCCUCAUUUCCUCUCUCUAGGAAAAAAAAAUCAUAGCCACAUAGAUCUUGAGCGCUGAAAGGAGUUCAGAGGCCAUCUCAUCCUACUCCAUGUCAUAGAUCAGAGAUGGGAAAUGUCCAGCCUCUGGGCCCUAUAAGAACUGUGAGAUUAGUUGGUCUUGCCCUGCCAACUGCCCUUGCCUUGCACCUGUCAUUGAGGUAUAGAGUGAUGGACUAACUUACCUCACAUCACAUAGCUAUAAGUGGAGGAGCUAGAAUCUGAGAUUUCUGACCCCAAAAUAUAAUGUUCAUAAGUUUUAAACUGGAAGAAACUUUAAUAGUUCAACAAAUCCAAUGCCCUAAUCUUACCAAUGGGGAAAAUUGAGACCCUUGGAGAACGUAAGAUAUUUGUCAAAGAUCAUGCAAAUAAUAAGUAGCCGAUGUGAGAUAUGAACCCUGGUCUUCCAAUUUCAAAACUCAUGCCUUUCUCUAAGUAGCACACUACCUCUCACUGCUUUUUUUUUCCAACUACAUAAAAAAGAAAUCACAAAAUCUAAAAUUUGGAAGGAACUUUACAGGCUCUCUAGUCCCAUAUUUGAUGGAGACUCCCUUUUAUAGUAUCCUUGUCAAAUGCUCCUUCAGUAGUCACAUGAAGACCUCCAGUGAGGAGAGAACUUAUCACUUCUUGACUAAGCUCCUUCCACUUUUGGACAGCACUAAUUGUUGAGUUUCUUACUGUCUCCUGGCAACUUUUACUCAUUACCUCUAUUCUUGCCCUCUGAGGUUUUAAAUACUUGAAGACAGUUAUCCUGUCCCCAUUUCUCCUUUCACUCCAAAUCUUUUUUUCCAGACUAAGUAUUCCUAGACUUGAACUGAUGCUGUAUGGCAUGGUUUCCAUUCAGCUCACUGUCCCCAGAGUUCUUUUUUACAUGAAUGGAUAUCCCAUUUUAAGGCAUAUGGGUAGUCCCGUGUCAUGUAGAAAAUCUCCAAAGUGAGAAUAGUAUUCAAGAAUCACAAAAGGCAAGAAGCUGAAGGUCACCAGAAAUCUGACCACAGGCCAACUGUGAGCUGCUGGCAAUGUCUACAUCCUACACAAAGUAACCCUCUUCAUUUACACUCUUGAAAGGUUGACAGACAGCAUCUUUAUAUAAAACUCUAUGAUUUCCUUUCCCCUCUGUUCACAACAGUGGACAAACCAUCCUACAUCCUACCACAUCUUCACCAUUGUCACCAACUGCCCAUAGCCGAGUUCCCUGAGAUCUGAUCCAUCCUUCAGCAUUGGACUUGGGUUGUUCCUCCCCCAUGCUAGUAGCUCUACAAGAGCACCAACUUUGGUACCUGAGGCAGGGCUAGGGCAGAAUACUUCCAGGAGUACUCAGUCAGGGAUGGCUCUUAUUUAAAAUAUCCUUCCAAGUAUAUCUUCCUCUCCUCCUGCCCUACCCCCAGAGUCACAUGCACCUUGAAUCCCUGACCAAACACCAAGAUUCAUAGUGUUCUUGAUCCGUUUCAUCUAAAAGAGAUAAGUGUUGUUUAACCAUGAGAUACUAAGCAAGAAGUACCGCUCUCAUGGACCUUACUUGUCCUUACCUGUUUCUGAUUCUAGAGAAGAAAAGCAGCUUUGCUGCUCCAUAACCCACCUAAUGUGCUCACAAUCACAUGUGAAUCAGUCAAACCCAACACCAAUGCUAGAGUAAAAACUGAAAAUCUCAGUUUCCACCAGGGAAAUGCCCAGGCUAUCCUUCCCAUUCACCCUCGCUUCCCCUUUACUAGGCAGGACUCUGACAAUCACAGGGAUGGUAGGAAUUAGAGCUAUAAGUAUCCUGGAAACCAACCCCAGAUUUUACAGAGGAGGAAAGAAAGACGCCGGGAGGUGAAGUAUGAGCCGGACAUCAGUUUGUCUCUCUCCUAACUUUACCACGCCUUUAGAGUCCUCCCUACCGCAGCAACUCUUGACCCUGCUCUUGCACAACCCAUCUGAAUGUUUCUUUAUAGCCAACAGAACCCAGCAGCCUAGGUGUAGGCAUCCGCCCGUCUCUGUGUCCUGCUGUACAUAUAUGUCCUCGUCACCCUUCACCCCCAAAGAGAGAAGCCUCUCUGGGGAAAGGCAGGGUGACAACAUCAUUAAAGAAUCCAAAUGGCAAAUAUUUUGUAACAAAAUAGCCCAGAGGUAUUUUAGCUGUUCAAAUCAUAGAGUUUUAGAAAUUAUAUUGAGAUAUGUCACUUGCGCAAACCAUGUUUUCUUGUCUUCUUCCUUUCUCCUCAACCGUGGGGAACGCAACUCUCCUGUACGGGGAUAGAAUGGGUGGGAAGGAAAGAAGGCCAGUUUUCCACGUGACUGAUGGAAACUGAGUGUGGAGAAGUGUCAGCGGUCAAGGCUAGAAGGGCUAGAAGGCCAAAGCAAAUAUUAAAUUUAAAUGAAUAAACUUUUACCUAGUACUUUGUACAGAGCAAUGGAGGAGAUUCUUUUGAUAGAAGAUUUUUGCCUUUGUGGAACUUAUAGUCUAGUAAUAGCUAUAAAAUAAAAUACAUGCUUGGUGGGACUGCCUACUGCCACCCACCCUAUGCUACAACAUCAUGCCUCUUUGUUUUAUCUACAAAGAAAAAACUAUAUAUACCUUUAGAAAAAAGCUAUCAAGAUAAGAGACAAAUAAAAGAAAAUCACUUCUGUCUAGACUUCCUAAGUUAUUCUAUGUUGAUCUAUGAUUCUUCAAUUCUAGUUUUACUCCAUAAUCUUCUCAAGGUUGGGAGCUCCAUGCCGUGAAACCCAGAUCCUUUCUGAUUCCAGGAAAAAAUGGUAUCACUCAUUCAAGAUCACCUCUAACAACUUGCAAUUUGCCUACCCGAAUGCUCCGGAUAGCAAUUCAAUGCAGUUCAAAUAUUAUUUAUUAUUGCACCCACCAUGUGGCACUGAAGAGUCUUUGUCAAGAAUCUUACAGUCUCCUGAAUAAUUCACUCAUUCAUUUAUAAUCCCAGGUUCGCUCUUGUCCAAUUAGCCAUUGGGAACAUAGUAGAUUUUUGAGUCAUAUAAUCCUUGAUUCUCUAAUGCUAUUCCCCCCAUUCCCUCAACCGAGGGGAAAAAAGAAAUAUAACAGAUAUAGACAUUGUUCCCAUAAGGUAGAAUCAAAAAUAGAAUACAUGGCUUUGA